CAUUCGAUGUUAGUUGUGGCAAAGCGCCGUAUGGCGUAGCUUUUCACCGCUAAAAAGGGAAUCUUUUAAAYAAUUAUAGCCACAAGAAUGAAGUCMUCUACAGCCACCUUAAUUUUAGUAAUACUAGGUGCCAUUGCAUUAGCACACGCGGAGGUGUACACAGCUCUCGCACAUAUGAAAGAGCUCAUACUGCUUGAAAAAGAUUUACUCGAGCAACUGGAGRACUAUAUAAAGAUUCAUCCUGAAAUGCCGGAAAAGUUUAAGGAUUUUGUCGAAGAAGUGAAAGAUCAUAGGUCAUAUAUUAAAGGAGACGAAGAGACUUUCUUGGGGCACCCUGUGAAUGCUUUCCUAUUGGUUAGGCGAUUUCGUGGCACAUGGACUGAUAUGGGAAAGUAUCUUGAUAAACACGAUGAAGAUUCAGASCUAGCUGAAAUAAUCGCCUUCAACGUCAAAACUUCGCUCUCCAAACAAGAUGUUUCSGGUUGCCUUAGCGCAAUAAUGCGAAUCCAAGAAGUAUACAAAAUAAAAGCAAAGGCCAUAGCGGAUGGCAGACUCUCUCAUAUAACAUUAACCCCGUCUCUAAACGCUAAUAUGUGCUAUGAGAUCGGAUAYUCGUAUUAUCAAGCCGAGCUUCAUGAGGAAUCACGAAGUUGGAUGUUAGAAGCACUAAAACGGUACGACGAGCCUGGGGACAAGGGGGAGUUAACACGAGUGAAUAUAUUGGAGUUUCUAGCUUGGUCACAGUAUAUGACUGAUCAUCUGGUCGACGCUCUUAAUCAUACUAUAGAGAUACUUAAAAUAGAUAAAGAAAACGAUUUUGCCACGAGAAAUGUAGAGUUUUUAUCAAACGAGCUUCAAGCUUCUAUGAACAAAGGCGGAAAAUUUGAACGACAGAAUGAAUUCUUUAAAAAACCCAAAAAAGAGAAAGAAGAAUUUAUGAAAAUAUAUGAAAGACUGUGUCGCGGAGAAUCGAAAAAACCCAAAGAUGAGCUAACCAGACUACAUUGUUACUAUGAAAGAAAAAGACACCCAUGGUUUCUCAUUAGACCACUGAAAGUUGAAAUAGUUAACGAAGAUCCUUAUAUAGUAAUGCUGCGAGACGUAUUGUACGAUAGUGAGAUAGAAUAUAUCAAGGAAAAGGCUGGUCCAAUGUUAAAGAGAGCAACUGUUACCAAUCCUGAUACUGGUGCACUGGAAUUCGCGGACUACAGAGUUAGCAAAAGUGGUUGGUUAGAAGAUCAUCUCCAUGACAACGAUCACAAUACACUUAAGAGAGUUAACAGACGAAUAUCGUUGAUGACGGGAUUGGAUGCUAGWAGAACUUCAGCUGAGGCAUUACAGAUUGUUAAUUACGGCAUUGCGGGACAUUACGAGCCUCACUUUGAUCACGCAACGGAGAGCUAUAGCGCCAUYAUGAAGAUUGGAAUGGGCAACAGGAUUGCAACCGUUCUCUUUUAUAUGACUGACGUAGAAGCAGGAGGAUCGACAGUCUUCGUCGACACUGAGGCAAUCGCCCGUCCAAGCAAGGGUGAUGCUGCAUUCUGGUACAACCUGAUGAGAAAUGGAGAAGGCGAUCCACUCACUCGUCAUGCCGGCUGCCCGGUUGUAGUUGGUUCAAAAUGGGUAUGCAACAAGUGGAUUCACGAGCACGGUCAAGAAUUCCGCAGACCCUGUACUCUAUCUAUCGACGAAUAAACAAUCGACCAUGAGAUUUUUUUAAUGAUUUAGUAGAUGAUGGAAAUAUUAGGAGUCACACAAGGAAUAUAAUUAUAAAUAUAAUUUGAUCAAAUUAUAAAUUAAUUUAUUAUCCCAAUUUCAUCAAAAGAAAGUAGUUUCCAGACCCUCUUGGUCAAUCAUAUUUUUAUCGUUUUCUAAAGUCCCGUAUGUAGUWAUCAGGCCUACGAGUUCAUCAGCUUGAAGAGAAUUUUUCAACUCAUUUCUAAUAUAAAGCAAUCAAGUACUGGUAAUAAAUAUUAUUAAGUUGCUA